UUCCAUUAGCCCCACACAACACUUGCUGGCCUAUACCUUUGUCCCUUAUUUUGCUUGCCACCUUGUGUCUACUACUCUUGGAAGCUGAGUGUGUAUUCAUCUUCAACACAAGUCAAUUGCUCUAAUCAGAAAACAAAAGAUGGCAACACAGGCAUUGAUCUCUUCAUCAUCUAUUGCAUCCUCAACAGAGGCUGCCAGACAAAUUCUAGGAGGAAGACCUUUCCAAUCUCAAAUCAAGAAGGCUUCCUUUGUUGUAAGGGCUACUGCCACUCCACCUGUUAAGCAAGGAGCAAAUAGGCCUCUCUGGUUUGCCUCCAAGCAGAGCCUUUCAUACUUAGAUGGCAGCCUUCCUGGUGAUUAUGGAUUUGAUCCCCUGGGACUGUCAGACCCUGAAGGUACUGGAGGUUUCAUUGAACCAAAAUGGCUAGCAUAUGGAGAAGUCAUCAAUGGAAGAUUUGCUAUGUUGGGGGUAGUAGGAGCCAUUGCGCCCGAGAUUCUUGGAAAGGCUGGUCUCAUCCCACCAGAGACAGCCCUUCCAUGGUUCCAAACAGGAGUGAUUCCUCCAGCUGGAACAUACAACUAUUGGGCAGACGGCUACACACUAUUUGUACUGGAGAUGGCACUCAUGGGAUUUGCUGAACACAGAAGAUUCCAGGACUGGGCCAAGCCAGGUUCUAUGGGUAAACAAUAUUUUUUGGGACUAGAGAAAGGCUUGGGAGGUUCUGGAGACCCAGCAUACCCAGGUGGACCUUUCUUUAACCCUCUCGGGUUCGGAAAAGAUGAGAAGUCUAUGAAGGACUUAAAGCUAAAGGAGAUUAAGAAUGGAAGACUAGCUAUGUUGGGUAUCUUAGGUUACUUCAUUCAAGGUUUGGUAACUGGAGUUGGACCUUACCAAAACCUCCUUGACCAUUUGGCUGACCCUGCAAACAACAAUGUCUUGACCAGCCUCAAGUUCCACUAAACAAGGAGCAAAUCACCCUGUUUUAGCUACCCUGAUCUGAUAUGUAAACAUUAUGUGCAGAUAUUAUUUUGCAUAUCAUUGUAAUCAGCUAAAAAGGACAUGUCAACUCAAAAACCUGUUUUUCCUGAGUUUUA